CGGAGCGGAGCGCGCAUGCGCGGUCGCCUUUGUGUGGGUCGAGCAGCGGCAGCGGCGGCGGUGGCUGUGGCAGUGGCUGUCCCACUGGCAGACGGGCUAGAGGGGAGUCCGGGCGGCGUCCGGCGUGGGAGCCGGGGGACCACCAUGGUGAAGAAGCGGAAAGGCCGCGUGGUGAUCGACUCGGACACGGAGGACAGCGGCAGCGACGAAAACCUGGAUCAGGAGCUCUUGUCCCUGGCAAAGCGGAAGCGCAGUGACUCUGAGGAGAAGGAGCCGCCUGUGAGUCAGCCUGCAGCCUCCUCAGACUCUGAGACGUCGGACAGUGGUGAUGAGUGGACGUUCGGGAGCAAUAAAAAUAAGAAGAAAGGAAAGACCAGAAAAAUAGAGAAGAAAGGAACCAUGAAGAAACAGGCCAAUAAAACUGCUUCUUCAGGCAGUUCGGACAAAGACAGUUCAGCUGAGAGCUCAGCCCCUGAGGAAGGUGAAGUGUCGGAUUCUGACAGCAACAGCUCUUCCUCUAGUUCAGACUCUGACUCCUCUUCUGAAGAUGAAGAGUUCCAUGAUGGCUACGGGGAAGACCUCAUGGGGGAUGAGGAGGACAGGGCUCGUCUGGAGCAAAUGACAGAGAAGGAAAGAGAGCAAGAACUCUUCAACCGAAUUGAGAAGAGGGAGGUGUUGAAAAGAAGGUUUGAAAUUAAGAAAAAACUAAAAACAGCCAAAAAGAAAGAAAAGAAAGAAAAAAAGAAAAGGCAAGAAGAAGAGCAAGAAAAGAAAAAGCUGACACAGAUUCAAGAAUCUCAGGUAACAUCCCACAACAAGGAACGGCGUUCCAAACGGGAUGAGAAACUAGAUAAAAAAUCUCAAGCCAUGGAGGAGCUAAAAGCAGAGAGAGAAAAACGGAAGAACAGAACAGCUGAGCUCCUCGCCAAAAAACAGCCAUUAAAAACCAGUGAGGUGUACUCUGACGAUGAGGAAGAGGAAGAGGAUGACAAAUCCAGUGAAAAGUCAGACCGCUCAGACCGAACGUCGUCCUCUGAUGAAGAAGAAGAGAAAGAAGAGAUCCCUCCAAAAUCACAGCCAGUGUCCUUACCCGAAGAACUGAACCGGGUUCGAUUAUCGCGGCACAAGCUGGAACGUUGGUGUCACAUGCCCUUCUUUGCUAAAACUGUCACCGGCUGUUUUGUACGGAUUGGCAUUGGGAACCACAACAGCAAACCAGUGUACCGGGUUGCUGAGAUCACGGGUGUUGUGGAAACCGCCAAGGUUUACCAGCUUGGUGGCACCAGGACAAACAAAGGGCUACAGCUACGGCAUGGCAAUGACCAACGAGUUUUCCGCCUAGAGUUUGUCUCAAACCAAGAAUUCACUGAAAGCGAAUUCAUGAAGUGGAAAGAAGCGAUGUUCUCUGCUGGCAUGCAGUUGCCCACUCUAGAUGAAAUCAAUAAGAAGGAAUUGUCUAUUAAAGAUGCUCUUAAUUAUAAAUUCAAUGAUCAAGACAUUGAAGAGAUUGUAAAAGAGAAAGAAAGGUUCAGGAAAGCUCCGCCUAACUAUGCCAUGAAGAAGACGCAGCUGCUAAAGGAAAAGGCCAUGGCUGAGGACCUGGGGGAUCAGGACAAGGCCAAACAAAUCCAAGACCAGCUGAAUGAGCUGGAGGAGCGGGCAGAGGCCCUGGACCGCCAGCGGACCAAGAACAUAUCUGCUAUUAGUUACAUCAACCAGCGGAACCGGGAAUGGAACAUUGUGGAGUCUGAGAAGGCCCUUGUGGCUGAAAGUCACAACAUGAAAAACCAACAGAUGGAUCCCUUUACCAGACGACAAUGCAAACCUACUAUCGUUUCCAAUUCCAGAGACCCAGCUGUUCAAGCUGCCAUCUUGGCCCAGCUGAAUGCAAAAUAUGGCUCUGGAGUGUUACCAGAUGCUCCAAAGGAAAUGAGCAAGGGUCAGGGGAAGGAUAAAGAUUUGAAUUCUAAGACAGCCAAUGACCUCUCAGAAGACUUGUUCAAAGUACACGAUUUCGAUGUGAAGAUUGAUUUACAAGUUCCCAGCUCAGAAUCAAAGGCUUUGGCCAUCACCUCAAAAGCUCCACCAGCCAAGGAUGGGGCUCCAAGGAGAUCUCUGAACUUGGAAGACUACAAAAAACGACGGGGGCUUAUUUGAGUGCACCCAGCCUGCUGCUUCUGACCCUGCAUGCCCUAUCGCUGUCCCACCUUCCUCUGCCUUUGAUGUGCCCUCUUUGGGCUGGAGCAGCAGUAGAAACUGGGAAGAGACUCUAAACUGCCAGUCAUGUGUAAUAUAAACCAUUUGCUGUAUAGACUUCCCCUUGUCUGCACCAUCUUCCAUCAACCCUUCCCACUUCCAGGCUCACCCAGUGGGGACCUGGGCUCUCUUGGGCUUUAUCCAUGUCUUUAGAUUUGUGUUUGCUUUUUUUUUUUUUUUUUUUUUUUUUUUUUUUUUUUUUUUUUUUACCAGCACAGUUCAUGGCCACUCUGCACGCAUUCAGUAUUACGUGAAGCUGGGAUUCUUGCUGGAGCCCCGGUGGUGUAAGCAGCAGCACUGCGCAGUCUGCUUUCUGGACUGCACUGACCCAAACAUGCACAUUUGGAACCUGGCCCUUGUGGGGGGAGUAGGUUCAGGCACCUACACUCCUCCGUCCUCUCUCCUCAUCUUUCUUCUUCCCAUCUCUGUGGAAGAGGGGUUUUCAAAAUCAAUUUAGUUUCAAAAAAGUGUACAUUUGUGGGGAGGGAGGGGGGUCGAUUGAGAGAGAGAGAGAGAGAGUGUGUGUGUGUGUGUGUGUGUGUGUGUGUCUGCAAGUGUGUGGAUUUUUUUUUAUCAUUUUUAAAAAAUGCAGUACUCUUUGUAUCAGUCUGUCAUGGGUCUAUAGCCGUUUCAGAUUUUUUUUCAGCUGUACUUGAGCAUCUGAAACUGCAAGAAAGAAACUCAUUAAAUGUGACUCUUCUUAAUUAACUGGCCUGACUGCUGUAGCUGUGUAACUUCCCCUUCCCCAUCUCUUCCUCAUCACCUCCCACCUUGAGGAAAACUCCUCCGUCAGGCCCCUUCCCGUAGGCCGUGUCCUGGCAGGCGGGAAGGGCCCACGGCCAUGUCCCAGGGAGGGCAGUGCAGGGCCGCUCAUCCCACGGGUACAGAACACAGCUUCUGGCUGAGCGUAGAGGGAACCUCCCCACCCCAUGUACUUGUCUCUUUUUCUAGUGAUUCUGUUUUGCUGUUUCAGUAAGAAUAAUAUUUUGUUUUUAAGAGAAAGUAUUUAACAUGAUGUGGAGAGAAAGAACACAAAAAGAUUUAGGUUGCAAAUGUUACAAGCAUGUGCAGUUUUGUGUGUGUGUAUACAUAUAUGUGUGUGUGUAUACAUAUAUACUGUAUAUUGUGCAGCUAGGGUGAAGCCAGCAAAGAAGUGUGUAUGUCUUUAUGAAAUGUUUGAAAAGAGAUAAGCUGACUGCUUGAUAAUCAUUCUCAGGUGUAAAGCUCCAAGUGUAAAUAAAAGUGGCAUUUAACAAAUCUUUUCAGAACAAAGUACAGCUGUCUAUAUAUACCAAGAACUAAGCUAAAGAAACAGCUGAGAGCUGCUGAUUCCCAUGGGAGAGGAAAUCUACCGUAGCUAGAAGCUCUACUUUGUAUUUCUUCUCUACUUUUCUGUAAGAAGGGGGGUGAUGGGAAAUCAUGAAGUUAUGUUGUAUUUAAACAUAAAAAUGAACUUGCUAAUAACUCUUCUGGGUUUAGUAGAGCCUCAGCAUUGCUUUAACUUAGUUUACACUUUUUUAUUUUUAAAAAAUGCAGUAAUGAAUGGUUUUUAAAAAGUAUUGUGACUAUAAAAUUGAUAAAUAUAACUGUUACACAGCUAUGUGGUAGCUGUGACACAGUUCAGUUGGGCAAAGGAGUGGUGAUGGACUCAUUAAAAUCAUAUAUACUUGAAUAGUCCAUUGACCAGAACCCUUUAUAGACUAUUGUAUAAAUGUGGAAUCACAGACUUAAAUGUUGCCUGGACUCCAGCAGGGUCCCGGAGGCUGCUGGGACCUCUCCUAUCAUGACUAACUUGGAUUUUCUCUUUCCUGGUUUUAAAAGACACGAAAUUAUAGAAUCUGAAGAAUUUGCUGGAGUCAUUCUGAUUCACCAUGUAGAUCUGUAUUUAAUAUCAUUUGGAUUUGGAGAAGUGUCAAUUACAUAUGGCUGUGUAAUAAAAUUUUUAUUAAAACUGCAUCACACUGUAGCCACUUCACCACUACCUCCCCACAUGCAGCUGCUGAAACUUUCGUUCUGAGACGCCAAAAUAGCAGGGAGAAAGCCAACCAAAGAAGACUGAAAGUUAACUCAUCACCGAGUAGCCCAUCGGUGAUUGCAAUCAAGACUGAGGACUUGGCUCCAGUCUCACCUGAGGCAGGGCCUCUGAACUGAAAUCCUACCCAGGCAUAAGAUAGGAAAUUAUAGAAUCUGCUGGGCUUUUUGGUGGUUCACAGCAUUUCUUGUUUUCUUGUGCUGGGGAAUUGCUGCAGGGCCCCCCUGCUCCACACCCCACCUCUACCCCUCCCCCCCAAAGUGGUUUCAGUGUUGAUGGGUGCAGUACCUAAGGCUGUUUUAUACAUUUUUCACUUCCUUCCAAGAAGCAAAAAGGCCAGUGUCCAUAUGCCUAACCCAUGAUGUAUAGGUCUGUUUGUCUGUCUUGCUUCUGACAGGUGCAGGGAAAGUCUACGCCUGCAACUUCCCUUG